AUGGGUUCCAGGACCAGCAGGAAUGCUCAUAGUCAGGAUGCCAUGCCUUGGGACGUGGUUUUGACGGCCCUUGUAGAGUUAAGGGAUGAGGUAAACAAGCUGAAAAGGGACAGACUGCCACCUGCCCCCAUGCCGUGCAGGGUGAAUGAGGGAGCAAGUACUUCUCAAGGUACGCAGCACAAUAGUUCACCUGUUCACAAUUUCACUGGAUUCCUUGAUCCCAUCUGUGAAGCUGGUGUUGUCACUGAGCAGAACUUUAGUGACAGUGUAUUAAUGCAUAAUGCUAAGAUAUUUGGGCCUCUGGAUAUGGUCUCUGAGGACAUUGACCAACAGGGAGACAAACCAACAAACAUUGGCCGGUCGCUUGCCCUUAGUCAUUCCACUGUGGCUACCAUCAUCAAAGAUGAAGAGCGCAUUAUGGAACAUGUGAAAGGAUUUGCUCCUAUGAAAGCGACAGUGAUAACCAAGCAGCGUAGUGGUCUAAUUAUUGAGAUGGAAAGAUUAUUGAUGCUUUGGUUGGAAGAACAAAAUCAACAGUGUAUUCCAGUGAGCCUUAUAGUGAUUCAGAAGGCAAAAAGAUUGUUUGAGGCACUGAAACAAGAAAAGGGGGAAGGAAGUGAAAGUGAAGUGGCUAGUAGUGGUUGGUUUAUGCGAUUUAAGGCUCGGACCAAUUACCAUAACCUUAAAGUGCAAGGUGAAGCUGCUAGUGGUGAUGAGAAAGCAGCAAGUGAAUUUCCUAAAGCAUUGGCUGAGAUAAUUAAGGAGGGGGGUUAUUCUGCUCAUCAAGUGUUCAACGUGGAUGAGACAGGUUUAAUAUGGAAGCGUAUGCCUGACCGCACUUACAUUGCCAAGGAGGAGAAGUCAGCACCAGGUCAUAAAGCCAGCAAGGAGAGGCUAACUUUACUUUUUGGGAGAAAUGCUGCUGGCGACUUCAAACUGAAGCCCUUGGUUGUGUAUCAGGCUGAAAAUCCAAGGGUGUUGCUAGUGCUGGACAAUGCCCAUGGACACCCUGCCCACCUGGGAGACUUUAACCCUAAUGUCAAGGUGGUUUACCUUCCACCUAAUACCACGGCCCUGUUACAGCCUAUGGACCAAGGAGUGAUAGCUUCGUUCUAG